AUGAAAAAAUUUAUAUUAUAUUUUGAGAAGUUUCUUUUGUUUCAUUUUUCCUUAUUUUUUUCUUUGCGUUUUCACUUUUCUGUUUUUUCUUUUUUGUCUUUUUUUUUCUUUUUUUCUUUUCUAUUUUUCCAUUUUCUUUCUUUUCGUUUUUCUUUUCUUUUUCUUUCUUCUUUUCGUUUUUCUUUUCUUUUUCUUUCUUCUUUUCGUUUUUCUUUUUCUUUUCUUUUCUUCUUUCUUUUUCUUUUCUUUUCUUUUUCUUUUUUCGUUUUUCUUUCUUCUUUUCGUUUUUCUUUUCUUUUUCUUUCUUCUUUUCGUUUUUCUUUUCUUUUUCUUUCUUCUUUUCGUUUUUCUUUUCUUUUUCUUUCUUCUUUUCGUUUUUCUUUUCUUUUUCUUUCUUCUUUUCGUUUUUCUUUUCUUUUUCUUUCUUGUUCUCUUUUUUCUUUUCUUAUCCUUUCUUUUUUGUUUUUCUUUUUCUUUUCUUUCUAUUUUCCGUUUUCCUUUCUCUUUUCUUUUCCUUUCUCUUUUUCUUUUCCUUUCUCUUUUUCUUUUUCCUUUCUCUUUUUCUUUUUCUUUUUCUUUUCUUUUUCUUUUCCUUUUCCUUUUCUUUUCCUUUUCCUUUUCCUUUUCUUUUUUUCGUUUUUUUUCUUCCUAGUCUUUUCUUUUUCUCUUCCUUUUCCUUCUUCUUUUCCUUUCCUUUUCUCUUUCCUUUUUCUUUGA